AUGAAUUAUAAUUAUCCAAAUAUUCGCAUACUUAUGGUUGGUGUAGGUGGUAUUGGAUGUGAAAUAUUGAAAAUUGUCAGCAAAUUCACUUUCCAAGAAUUUCAUAUCAUAGAUAUGGAUACCAUUGAAGUUAGCAAUCUUAAUCGAUAAUUCCUAUUUAGAUUAGAACAUAGAGGUCAAUCAAAAUCUCUUGUUGCAGCUUAGACAAUGAAAAAGAUGGCACCAUAAUUAAAUAUUAUUGCUCAUUUUGCUGCAAUAAACACUCCUGGUUAUACUAUGGAUUUCUUUAGAUAAUUUGAUGCUGUAAUUAUGGCAUUAGAUAAUGCUGAAACUAGAUCUUAUGUUAAUAAAGUUUGUUAGGCAUUAGGAAUAUUUAUAGUAGAUGCUGGAUCAAUGGGAUUUAAAGGCUAAGCAAAUGCCUAUUAUGAAGGAGCAAUAUGUUAUGAUUGUUAUCCUAUUGCUACAACUCAAAAAUAAUAUCCAGCCUGCACUAUUCGUUCAUAACCUAGUACUUGUACUCAUUGUGUUAUUUGGUCAAAAUAUCUAUUUACUUAAUUAUUUUCAGGUGAGGUUGGUAUUUUGGAGGUUGAGGGAUUUGAUAAGAGUUAACCAAAUUCAGUCUUUAAUAAAUUUUUUAAAGGAGAGGAGAUGCCUAAUUCUAUUGACAUAGUUGAACAUGAACUUAUUAAGAAGUAUCAUUUUGCAGAAAGGAAAGAAUCUCUUGAAGAAUUAUAAGGUAUGUGGUUUUAUGCAUAUGAUGAAUUAAAUCAUUUGGGAUAAUUAUAAUAUGAUAAAGAUGAUGAUCUUCAUGUGUUAUUCAUUUAUGCUAGUACUGCUUUGAGAUGUAGAAAUUUUAAUAUUGAAUAAUAUGAUUACUAAUAAAUUAAAUCUAUUAGUGGUAAUAUUAUUCAUGCAAUUGCAUCAACAAACUCUAUUGUAGCUGCAUUAGAAAUAUAGAGAUUAAUAAGUUUCAUUGAAAAUUAUGAUAAAGUCAAAUAUUUUUAAGAUCUUAAUGCUGCUUCAUAUGUUUCAACAGGUAAAAAGGAAAGAAUUUUAACUGUUAAAGCUACUAAAUCUAAUCCAUUAUGCAAUUCUUGUUUUAAGAAUUAAAUAUAUUCAAAAGUUGAUUUUACUAUAAUAAAAGUAGAAGAUUUAGUAAAUUCUCUUAAGAAUUAUCUUAAUUCUGAAAUAAAUAUUGUUUCUUUAUCUCGUAUUAUAUGGGAUGAUGAAGAUGAGAACGAUAACAUAGCAAUUAGAGAGAAAAAAUUAAAUGAAUUGUUUAAAUUAGAUUUAGACAAUAGACUAAUCAUUAAAUCAAUUGAAGAAAAAUUCUUAGCUGUACUUUGGUUACAACAUCAGGCUGAUUAAGUACAAAUAUAAUUUGGUUCUACAAAAAUGGAAGAUAAAAUAUUUAGAUUUAAGAAUCCUUUGUAGCAUAAAAAAAAAGAGAGAGUAAGAACAUAGUAGGAAAUAAAAGAAUUAAAAGAAACAGAAAUUUUGCCAACAAAAAAUUAAGAAAAAUUUAAAAUAACAACUUAGAAAUAAACAGAAAUCCUUAUUGAUGAAGAACCAAAUGAGUAAACAGGAUUAAACAAAAAGGUUGAAUUUGUUAUUGAUUGAUUUGUG